ACCGCACAAGAGUCGGUUAGCCUUCGCCAGAACAAUGGUCCUUCGGGAGACUCGUUAUUAGCCCACGGCGUUCACCGCAGUAAACCAAAAGCCAUGCACGGUCGCCGGCUCGGAACGGCGGGGGGAGGCAGGGGAUAGUUGCUCGUGCCCGCUGUGGAGCGGUGAGGGAGAGAGCCGCGGCUCGGCCGUCCGAGGGGGCGAGCCAGUUGAAGGAAGCCAAGCGAAACCGAAUCUGCCGCCACGGCACACAGCGCCAUCUCGGUGAAGCGUGGUGAACUGACAGACUGCGUUCCCAUUGGUCGGUACCGUGCUUUCGGGCGGUGCUGGCGCCCUUUAGCGGACACGUGGUGCGCUGCUUUGGCACGGCGAGCGGCGAGCGAGAGCCCCUUCCGAGCAGCCUUCCCCUCAUUGAUCCCAGCGCGGCGGUCGGUCCGCUGCUGAGUGUGCGGCACGUUGCUGCUCCGGAGUGAGUGCGCCGUCGACGUUGCUUGCCCCCGACUGUGUUGUUGCUCGUCCCCGGACAGCACGCCGUGCGGAGGAGACAGGCAUGCGCCGCGUCCCUCGGAAACCCUGGCGCGUGUCCGGAUGAGACGCGGACGUUGGUGGAUCCGGAAGUAGUGAACCUACAAGCAGCUCCGCUAGUGUUUCUUCCUUCGUGAGGUGCGCGGCCUGUCAAUGACGGUGCGCCGUUGUCGGCCCCGAGACGAAAGAACCCACGACCCGGGCCUUCGUGUGAAAGACCAUCGGUCCGGAGUGAUGGUGUACGUGCCACCGCUGCUGCUUCUCCUGUCGGCGAUCGUCGGAAUAGGUCCCGGCUUUGCUUCAGGCCAAGAGACGACCGUGACGGGCCUGGUGGGCGAGUCGGUGCGGCUGCCCUGUGAUGUGGACGUGAAGCGCUGCGGGAACGUGUACUUCAUCACGUGGACCAAGAACGUGUCUGACGUGUGGAAGCGCAUCUACUUGUACAGCAAUGACGUGGAGAAGCCGCUCCAGGAGCUGGCCAACCCGGACCGGGCCGAUUUCUUCCUGCGCAACUCGACCGCGCAGCUCGAGAUCUUCCCGCUGCGAUUGGCCGACGAGGGCCAGUACAAAUGCGACGUCACAUACGUCAGGGGGAAGUGCCCCUCCCUCUCCUACGCCAACCUCAUCACACUGGCCAAACCCAGCGUGCCGGUGAUCGAGAUGCAAGGUCAGACGCUCGAGAGCGGCGCUACAGUGGGACCUCUGCAGGAGGGCGACGUGCUCAGCCUGACGUGCAAGACGUUCGGCGGCAAGCCCAUCCCCAAGGUGGCGUGGUACAAGGGCGACCUGCAGCUGUCCGCCACCUUGGACGAGAGCCGCGGCGAGCGCGGCGCGGGAGACGUGGCGGCCACGUUCGCGACGCCUCUCAGCCGACAGGACCUCGGCUCGCGCUUCGAGUGCACCGCCACCAACGAGGCCCUCGAGCAGCCCAUACGCAGCUGGGUCGAGCUCGAUCUGCACGUGAAGCCCUUGGAGAUUGAGAUGGAGAGCCCGAGCAUGCCGGCCAAGGCGGGUACCGCCCUGCAGGUCCGUUGCGUCAUAUCCGGUGCGCGGCCGGUGGCAGAAGCGGUGUGGUACAACCGGACGACGCGCAUGUCGCACCAGCCGCAGCCCGCUGUCGAGCCUCUGGGCGACGGCACUUUCAGGACCGUGAGCACGCUCGAAGUUGUGCUGACGCGCCACGACCACGAGGGCAGCUUCACCUGCAAAGGCAGCAACCCUGUGCUGGACGCAUCCGGGGAGCCACCACUAGAGAGAACCGUCGAUCUGCUCGUCCUCUAUCCACCAGAGGUGAAAAUCGAACAGAGCCGCGUGGGUGUGGUGAAGGAGGGCGGUCACGUGGUGCUGCAUUGCUCGUACACGGCAAACCCACGCAUGAUCCUCGACAUGCGCUGGUUCAAGGACGACGCGCCUCUGCGGUUCGACCAGGACGAUCGGCUGGAGCCCAGCAAUCCGGGGCUGCCCACGCUCACCAUACGGCAACUGACGAGGAGAGACCGGGGACGGUACAGCUGUGGCCUUCGAAACGACAUCGGCUGGGGAAACUCUUCAAACUUUGCCCACUUGGACAUUCUAUACGUCCCAACAGUGGCAGCGGUGGUGUCUCCUCCGUUCCUGGAGGAGGGUCCCGGCACUCGUGUGACGCUGUCGUGCAACGUGCUCGAGGGUAACCCGGGUCAACUGCGGCGCGUGCGCUGGCUCCGCGACGGCGACCCACUCAACGAGAGCACCGAGCGUGUGGUUGUGUGGGCCGACGUGAUGCGCAACGCCACGGGAAACUACUCGUGCCAGGGCGAGAACGAUGCCGGAUGGGGGCCCGUGUCCGACACCCAGGAGCUGGCCGUCUAUUAUCCUCCCGGCCCCGCGAGCGUCGUGCACGCCAGCGAGUACGCCGUGAAGGGCAAGACGACGACUCUGAGCUGUGUGGUUGAGGACCCGGGCCUCCCGCCGGCCACGCACUAUCGCUGGGAGUUCGAGGGCGAGCUCAUCGCCACGGCAACCGAGGCCGAACUGGUGACGCCUCCCGGAAGCCUCACAUCACGCGGCCGAUACUCCUGCGCGGCUGUGAACGACGUCGGAGCUGGACCGAGUGGAGACUACGAGCUUCCCGUACUGGCACCGCCGUCGUUCAUCGACCAUCUGCCCAGCGUGCACGGGGCGCUGCAGAACUCGACGGACGUGAGCCUGUCGUGCCGCGUAGAGUGCGAGCCGGCCUGCGUGAUCGAGUGGCUGCGUGCCGGCGAGAGCAUCGACUACAGCCCGCAGUUCAGCAUCCAGAGCACGCCACACCCCGAGGAGCCGGCCGAAAACCGCUUCGCCUCGGUCGUGAGCACGCUCAAGUUCGACAUGACGCAGUGGCCCGGCGGCGUCCUCGACCGGUACUCGGACAACACCACGUUCACGUGCCGCUCGAGCGGCAACCUGGUCGGCCGGGCGGUCUCUUCCACGACGCACUUCGAAGUCGAGUAUCCUCCGGAAGACAUCGAGGUGUCAAUCACACACCUGCUUGUCGACGAGGGCAACGUGGCCGAGGAGAUUACGUGCACCGCCAACUCGAAGCCGCCGAGCGAGUACAUGUGGAUGUACAACGACCAGGUCAUCUCGGACAGCCCGCUGCUCUUCAUGAACUACAGCCUCGGCCGUGAACGCAGCGGAAAUUACACUUGCGUUGCUAGCAACCGACACGGAUCGACGUCAGCAAACACCUACAUUGACGUCAUCUACCCGCCCUCGUGCGUGCUGUACACGAGCAAGAAUUCGGAGGGCCAGGUGACGCUCAUCUGCGAAGUGGACGCCAACCCAGCGCAGGUCAACAUCAGCUGGAUGCUGGGCAACGAGACGAUCGAGCGGAACGUUUACUCAGAAGGACUACGCAGCAUAUACACCGUGCCCGACUCGACAGCGCCCGAAUACUAUGGCCUCUACCUCUGCCAGCCCAACAACUCCCUGGGAGGCGCAGAGUGCGAAUACCGCGUGAACGGUCCCGGCGAUGCCUACAACCAUGUAUACCUGGACGAUGAGCAAGUUAUGAUGAUUACGGGCAUCGCGGGGCUCAUCGUUUUAAUAUUCAUUAUUAUCAUCGUUGUUCUUGUGCUUAUAAUGAAGAGAAAGCGGAGGAGAGCUGGACCGAAAGAAGCAAUUGAAGAUCGACAAACACCGGAAGGACGCCUAAGCCUGAGUGAAGAUUUGAGCAUCCACAAGGUUGACUUCCACCCACCUUAUCUGCAGAAUGGUAGCUGCAGUGAUAUCACAGGAAACUCAGUGAUUGCGUUCAAGAGAGUUGACGAGGCCAGAAGGAAAAGAAGAAUCGUCUCAGAUCUCAACAGCCCGGUGAAGGCAAAGUCAAAGGCGGGAGCCGAGCCGGUGUACCAGAACGUCGAAGGCAAGACGGAGAACGGGCCCCCACCAAUUGCGAACAGUGAGCCUGAGAACAGGGCCACCUACGAGAACAUGCCUUUCCACCCCCAGAGGAAUUCCAAGGGGCCUUACAGGCCCGAUAUCAAUGACGAACUCCUGUACGCUGACAUGUACGAGGACGUGAAAGCUGGCCGAGUGCCGGACCCUCGCCUGGUCAAGCCCCCACUGCCCCCCAAGGGAGGCGCCGGCCCUCCGCCGCCGCAGCCCCAAGUGCCGCCCAAGGCCCGCAAGAAGGCAGGCCGCAGCGGCGCCAAGUCAGGCGACUGAGCAGCUGCUGCUCCCAGCACCAACCGUGCCGCCGAGCCGCAAGAGCAGCUUGAUGCCGCUACUAGACUCCACUCCUCGCUGCAGUGAGGUCGAGAGUGCCGCGGCAGACAAGCCUCAGAAUAUCGCGCUGGUUCUGCGACGGAACCUGAAUUACGAGCCGCACGAGUGACACCCAUCAACACUUCAUGAGAUGUACUAAUACGACGACGUCCCCCAGCCCACGUCACGAUGACAGUGCACAGAGACUAAAAAGCAAAAUAGCGCCAAAUCUUUGAAGCUCUUAAGAAUAAUUCAACCGUUAUUUUUGCGACGUCCAGGUCCUGAUCCGAUUUGCUCGCUUCAAGAUCUCUAAAAGCUCCCGGGCCUUUCUUUUUUUUACUUGCAACAUUUCUUGACACUUCUGUCUAUGUUCCACUACCUAAACUGAUUCGGCGCCUUUCCUAACCAAACCAUCCGGAUUAGGCUGUUUGCGUCUCUGAACCUCAACCAAACUAUCGUUAUCGUUAAGAUUGCUCGAGGCAGCGAAAGCCAGCGCUCCGCUCACCGCCUUAGCGAAGCGGCCAGCAAGCGAUAUUCUGCGCCUGUCUCUGCGUUCGCCUGAGGGCGAGGCAUUCUCGGCCUCGGUCUGCCGUCGGGUGGUCUUCGAGACUCCAAACACGUCCGGCCAUCGCUUCGACGGACAGACAGCACCUCCGGCUCGUGCUCGAGAGAGCUCAACAGGCGGCGCUCAUCGAGUAGAUCGCCAUCUGCUGCUGGCAGGAAGCUAAAGAGGCGCACGCCUUCUUACCUCGGUGGGCCGACGCCUGGCGGCGGUGAUAUCUUCGCUCGGCACGGCAGCUUGCCGGCGGCGGCGUGCUAUUGAUGAGUCAUAGCUGGCGCGCGAACCGUCGUGUAAAUAUUCGGUCUUCGUUUCGCCCGUCGUCUAUUGGUUCGUGUUUCUUUUUUUUUCUUUGUGCCCUCGACUGGCUCGAUGUGAUACUCCGCGCGAUGUGCGCCGACGUGGCGAGUGAACGCUCGGCUGCCGGCUUUGGCGCACUCUGACAGAGCAACAGGGUGCGUUCGUGAAAUCUGUAUGAAUGAUAGCGCGAGAUGUUAAAUACCGAUAAGGUUUUAGAUGGUUUUUAUAUGUGCGAACUUGAGAAGACUUUUUAAAAUGCUUUUAGCAAAGGCUUCUGUGAAUGCCGUUGAAGGAAUGAAAGCUGAAAUUUGAUCAAAAAGAGCAGGUGGCGCAGCAUCAGUCACCAGCGUAUUCUUACAUCUUGUAACUGAAAAAUCGGAGGAAUUCGAUCCUGCUGUACACGCGGUUGUGAAGCUUCGUUUGAGACGUGCUUCUACGCUAGUAAUGAGCCUGCUACAGAAGAUGAUACUAAGAUCAUUCGCAUAUUGCCGCCAGAAUUGCACACACGCAACCGUUAACUUUAUCACUCCUCCGAGAACUGCAAUGCAGCGCACCUAGUUGAUUUUAAGCCUAAGUGUUCGUUCGGGAGAAGUCAAUUUUAUGUUCUCACUAAGCAAGCUCUAAAUAUAUACCUUAUUUGGGCGUUGGCGCGGACAGAGAUUGCUUGCCAGGUCGCUGCACGAGCAACCCGAUUACCGGGCCAGCGAUCCACUUUCGCAAGUGUCUCUCGCAGGCUUACGGUGGCAGCGUCUGCGCAAGCUCCGAUCCGCUCCGGCGUUCUUAACCAAACUAGACAUCCCAGCCCCUGCUUGGGACAGCGGUAGCUGAGAGGCUGGCGCAGCGUGACUGCGCGUUCAACCCCUCUCUCUCUUUUCCCGCUAUUCGCCCUCCCCGCUCGCCAAACUCUCCCGGGGUUUUUCGAAUUCUAAAUUACGAAACGCCGCGCUGGGCAAAUUGGCUGGCUCCGGUGGUAAUUCCCACGGCGGGGUGCCUCACCACUCGAUUAUCCCUUCCUUCGCUUCUCACUUGCAAACACUGGCGCCGUGGCAGUGCAUCCAACGACCGACCCUUCCUUCUUUCUCACGCAGCCUGGCUUUUCGCCCAUCACAUUCAGUUCCCUCCCAUCCAACGCAUCCCGGUCCAGAAAACUCAGCGUCAGCGUCUGGUCGCCGUUUACUCAGAGCAGCAAGAUCCCCCCCCCCCCCCCCAUCGCUCUCGCCUUCUCUCUAAGCUAGAAGCGUGUGUUCCAGAUUACCCCAGUAGAGAAGAAAGUAAAGACAAACUAGCUAAGCAGCAAAUCAAGGCAGGAACUGGCGAAAAGGCGCGAGGGACACCUCGACAGUAGCGUGCCGAGUUAAAGUGCCCGCCGCCAGCCGAGACUCCCCGCACGGACGGUCGCAGCGGAGUAUUCCAUCAGGCCACGUCGUGAUCGGCCCUGCGCUCACGUGACGUGUGCGUCUCGCUUCUCGUGAAUCCGGCGCAGGGUUGUUCUGUGAUCAGUGCGUGUUCCCUCUAUCUUUGUUUUGCUUUUACGCUUCGUCGGAUAUGUUGGCCACGCCGAGCCCGCCAUCGACACUCCAGCUGCAUCGCACCCGGAUUAUGUGUCGCGCACAACGCCCAGCGAAAGACCAACGGCCGCCCCCGACUCCGACGAGCAGCUUCUCCAAUUGACACGCCCGUCCUGACUUCCUCCCGUUUACAGACACACGCGCCCCACAACGUUGACGCAUUGGGUUCCUCGUGGCGAUGAAGAGAAAGACUCACUCGCGUGUGUUGCACGUACACUCCAAACGCACACCUAACAGAUGUUACGCAUCGGCGAAACGAUAACCGCAAGCGCACUUUGCUGAGAUGCAGCGGUGUACGACAGAGAAGCGGAUAAAUUUUCCAGGAGUCGGCGGUUUGACGAGCUACCGCGCUUUGCCGGGGGUAGCUCUAGAGGCGGCGGAUCAAAACACGUGGCUCGACAAAACAAAACACAAAAAAUGAAUACAAAAUCGACAUGAAGGAAGGACUCUGUAGAUACCGAGGGGGACUUGUAAUAAUACUUUGUCGAACGCGCGAUGAUGGGUGCAUAUUAUGUUUUCCCCGUACAGCUGUGCGCGAGUUUCCCCAAACUCUCUCCGUGUUUUCUUUUUUCGCUGUGUAUUGAGUGUGCGCGUGCCGCAGACUGUAGCGCUGCGCUUGAGAAUCUGUGUUAAGAACAUUUUUUUUUUCACUUUUUUUUUUCCUGCUGGCUGUUCGGUGCGUUUACGCUGCAUUACUUUCUGCGCAAUUGCUUUACUUCAAACGACUCGUCAAAUUAUGUGCCUGCGUUAGCUCGCACGCUUUCGACGGGGCGCUCUACUGUAUCAGUUGCAGUAGCUGCUCAAUUUGAAUUUUACACGGCAAUCGUGAUGAGAAGCUAAACAUGUAAAGGAGCGAACAAAACCGUUGCAUGAGAUCCGCUUUUAAAUCUGUUAACGAAUGAAAGUCGCUGUAAGGAAUGACGCCCAACUAGAAACACCUUACCGAACGGACUUGCAAAUUGGACGUUGAAAGUGCCACUCCGUGUUUGCGUCGCGUGCUAACGCAAGUACUUUGUGUUCUGUCAUUUCGUCUCCAGACGCUCUGGUAGUUUUAUUUCAGUACCUCUCGAUUGCGUUUUUUUCUCUUGGAUGGCUGUGACUUACAGGUGGGACAGAGGGAUGAUUGCCAAUGUUGUUGUUGUGAGAGUUACUAUUCACCGAGUGUUCGCAGACGGGGCCUCGUGACGUUGUUUUUUCAGCUUGCUUGCAAUCCACGUUGCUCGCUGGCGCCAUGGGUAUGUGCAGUCUUUUAAAACACAGUGGACAGCGAAAUCCUUGCUGCCCCUAGUUUGUGCUUUGCCUGACCUCACUGGAUGUGUGUGUGUGUGUGUGUGUGUGUUGUCACAGGCCUUGUCUCGAGGCUGCCUGAAGUAUUUGUUCCUUUGUAAAACGAAAUGACAGUGCCGGCUGUUAAGGGCCAUACGAGAUGUGUUCUUUUUUUUUCUUGUACAGUGAACAUAAUGGCUGUUACACCAAAGAAUAUGUAAUUUUACGCCCUAGAUAUUUAUUUGUUGUAUGCUUUUUGUGCAUAAAUAUGGAACAUUAUACUUGUUUAUAAGAUGGUUAGAAAUACGUUGCGCGACGGGCCUCGUUUUUGUUUCCCGUUUUUUGCUUUACAGCGGAUGUUUGGCUUAGUGCGGCUAUUGAGUUUAUUCAAUGUUUGUUUUUUUUCUUGCGACAUGGCAUUUCUUGAGACGGUUGCACACUUCUGCACAUUAACUGCCUUGCCCAGGCGUUACAUCAAUGUAUUAGCGUUAUCUACUCGUCGUUUAUGUUAACACAUUGCGGAAUCAUUUGUCUGCAUCAGCCUAUUGCCAUCAAAUGAUCGGAGCUAGCCAAAAGGCGCUGAUAAUACCUGAUCUUCUCGUUUUAGAGAUGCACAGUUGAUAAGGCUUCUGCAUAAGAAACAAACGACAUCUUAGUAAACGCACUUAGUCGUUAUGUACGCUUCAGAUUGGCUAAGCUUGCCCGGAACUUAGCGCCGCCAACACCUUCGUUAAGCGAAGGGCAGGAGCAAAUGUUUAAAAUCAUUGAUUAGGCGAACGGGAAGCACUGCCGCAAAAACUUCCGCACUAACUGUUCAACAAACAAGGACCAGGACCUUAACGAUGCUUUAUUUCGCAACUGCCUAGCAACACAACUAGUGUGCUAGGCGUACGACAGACGCUUUAAGAGACUACACGCAUCUGAUAACAGCUGCAGUCCGUAAGCUUUCUUUAAGUAUUUUUCUCGCUUUAGUUGUCGCGUGAACGGAGGAGGUGUAACCUGUUUACUUACGCCAUGCUCAGAGACAUAUUCCGCCAUAGCUUAGGCAAUAUUGGCACGAAUCUUAGGGGUCAACUGCGAUUCCGAACUCCGUCUCUCCAGCGAUGCUGUAGUUUAAUGGAACACCUUGAACAAUGUUAUGCGCGAUGUCCUCAGGGCAGUGUUUCUCUACUUCUUGUGCUUGGGUUGGCAGGAUUUGCGUGCUAAUUGCACUAAACUGAAACUGUUAGGAAAAAAAAAAAAACCGUCGUUUCCGUUCUUUCUCUUAUGGCUUUUAAAAACUGCAUCUGAUGCUGAGGCACGUAAUGUGACACCGCUGCGCCUGUUGAGCAAUUAUUAUUACGCCAAGUCAAAAACUAGUCAAAGGCGCUAGUUUCAUCUCGUGUUCUCGGUUGCGCGUGCUUUCCGUACACUCUUUCUUAUUUAUUUCAGGGAGCAGCGGCCGUAUUAGCUGUGGAUUUACUUAUUUUUGCAAUAUAGUUUUCGAAAAAAUGAAGAUUUUGAGUUUGAGCGUGACUUGCCGUUGUCUUUUUGUCCUUUCGCGGUACCCCUUAAGAAAUGAAAGGCAGCGAGAAAGGCAGACGAAAUAUCUGGGUGCCUCAAUGUAAAUUAACCGUAAUAUUUUCUAUCGAUUUCCUAUGUACAAUGAACACUGAAUAAAGUACGAUAAUAGUUAAUAAAAUGAGUGAAAUGCACCAAA